UAUGAUACUCAGGUGACCAUUAAGGCCCAUGGGCCUCUUACUUAGUAUUAAGCUUUAUGACCUACUUUAAAAAAAAAAAAUCGCCCUAUUCAAUAUAUUUAUAGAUUCCUUACGGCAAGACUUAAUUCCAUACCAUGAUCUAUGCGACAUUCACUUUCUCCCGAAACAGCAAGGUCAUGUCAUAUUGGUGUUGAGGCAUCUCCAUGUGUGAAUUUAUGGUCAGAUAUGUCGUGACCCUUUGAAAUUUUUCAUGAGAAUAAAGAUUGAAGAAAGAAAUCACAACAGCAGGGCGAAGAUGACUCAGGUGAGGGAUAUGGUCCAUGGGCCUCGUGUUAAAACGGGCGUUAGUUUCAGUAGUAGUACAAUAAAUGGCAAAUCUCGGUUGAGGGGUUUUUUCUGCCUUUGGUCGGAAAUAUUAACCAUUUGGAGGGUCACAACUUUAACGGUCAGAAGUACCUUCAAAGGUGGCUGCUCUCUAUUCUUUUUCUCUUGAAGAAUCAUCCACAAGGCAAAAUAGAAAUACAUUUAUGUUUUUACUUGAAUUAGGGGCGAUAUUUCAUGGUACAUGCACUUUGAUUUUUAUCGUGAAGUAGAUACAAAUUUGUUACCAUGUUAGUUGCCAUUACAUUGGGCAUUGGUUUAUGCAGGUUUAGUAUAGAGACUUUACUUCCAUGCUCAUCCCACGGACAAGGGUGGUUUCUUUGAUAUAUACUUCGAAAGUAUGCGUGUUCAAGUCAGAGUUGUUAAAAAAAAGUGGUCGAUGAUCUUUUCAAAGUAUUCCUUACAACAGAUCCGUGUUUCAAGACUGCAAAGAGGAAAUGAAAUCUAUCUGGACAGUGCUGGUUUAUCGUUCCUUAUCAUUUUGUGUUGGAAGUCUUCGUAUUAAUAAUUGACAUCUCUUCUCAAUCGCUGGAGGUCAUAUUUAUACAAUACUUCAUGGACUUGGAUCUUCGAAUCGAUUUUGAUUGUCGAUUAUUCAAACUAAGUUUAUGAUGGACUACGUAUGAGGUACUAAACCUUUGAUAUACCUGUUGAGUAGAGCUAUUGAAUACACAGGUAAAACACGACAGACUGUCGCUGUGAAUUAUGCAUUUAUUUUUAACAAGUUUGUUAUAAGGGGCUCUCUGAAAGAUCCUCGGAUUAUGGGAACCGCUCCCGGAUCAAAGGUCAGCUGAUCCCUCGAGAAUUACUUUUCGAUGCCUUUGCUAUACUGAUGCACUUUCUUUCCCAACAGAAUCAGUGAAUUAUUCAGAGUGAACAGAUGGUGUUUGCUUAAUUAACGUAACUUGCAGCAAUGAAUUCUAAUGAACGGGUUCCUUCGGGAGGCUACACCUGAAGGACUCUCUGAAUGCUCAGGUCCUCAUCAAAUAAAUAUACAGGUGUGACACAACAAGCAGUAACCCCUACACAAAUGUAAGUGUACACGCUGAGAAUUAAUAUGUUAGGGCGAGUAUGAAAUAUCAGAUGGAUUCCUGCGUCAAAUAAUACAGUACACUUUAUCAUAAAUAUAUUCAACUGCAAGAAAAAAACCCACCCAAAUUAAAUCGCAUGUACUCUUAUCUUUUUUAAUAUUAAAAUAUAAAGAGAUUGUCCAUAUUUUCUGAUUUAUUCUUGAAAUCCGAUUUCAUCGGUUCACGUAACAAACUAUGGCUCUGGUAUGUAAAUUACUAUUUGCCUUAUGCAGAAAAUAUGCAAAUAGAAAUAUUCUGCAUCAACUCGGAGCGACCCAAAUGGGUGUUUACCUAAAACGGCAUAGCUGUACUGUGCAUUCCCCUAAAGUAAAUCAAUUAAAACGAUACUUGUAAACUUUGGCUUUUGUUUCAAUCAGGGAUUUAUAGACAGUGGCUUGAAGCUAAUCAUUAUGCAUUUUUACUGAUAAUAUUUGCACACAGAAAAUGGAAUUAAAGCUGCUUUCUUUAGAUGUAUGUUACAUCGAAAUGCGUGUGUAGAGAUUUUGAUCUUUUAUAGUACGGGAUCAGGAAAACACUGUCAUUUGAAGCGUGACUCGUACAGUAAAUAAACUAUUUCUGUGUAUUUGCGCUGUCAUUUUAAACUUUAUUUUCGUAAUGAACUUAAUCCCCUUUGACACAGCUGAAAAGAAAGCAUGAAAAUCAAAUUAUUAUUUGAAAUAGAGAUUCGUUUUUAAGAUUUUAGGUAAAUGUAAAAUAUUUCAGAUAAUAGGGACAAUUUUCAUGUUGGGAUAUUAAUUAAUGUGCAUGAUAAACCGACUACGCUGAGAAGUGACAGUUUAAGGACACCUAUCUUUUAAUCAGUCUGGUAUAUCGAUCUUGAGCGUCAAUACACGGUAUCUAGCGCUGAGUAAGCUCAGUCCACGCGGAGCGCCGGAUGAGUAACAUCAAGGACCUCCAGGACAGCAGAGGGCGUCAGAAGGACUUGUCCACGAUAUGAUAAACUUUUAAAUGAUUUUACAUGUGAGAAAAGGACUCUUCAUUUUGAAGAUUUAAAAUUCUAUUUAAACGAUGGGUUUUAGUACACACCGAUUUGUUGGGACUGUGGACCCGAAUUUGAUAUGCGGAAUUUGCAGUUCUGUCAUCGAGGAUGUUGUGUUGACUCCUUGUGGGCACACAUUUUGUUUCUGUUGCCUGGAGACUUGGAUGAGUAAACCGAGAGUGAAUUCAUGUCCUGAAUGCAGAAGCACUAUGUCGCUGAAGGACGCAAAACCAGUGUUAUGUCUUCGCAAUCUCGUGAACGGUUUUGAUGUCAUGUGUGACAAUAGCGACCGUGGAUGCAAAGUAGUUGUGAAACUUGAACGAUUGAAAGCACACCUAGAGGUAUGCGGAUACACUCUUGAAAAAUGUGCAGGAUGUUUAGAAAUGGUGAGCCGGUCAGAACUUGCAAACCAUCAAGUGACUUGCGAGGGCAUUGCGGCAUCUAUGAAGAAUGAAAACUACGACUCCUUUAUGCGUAAAUCUAUGGAAGCGAUAUCUCUAGAAAAUAAAGCUACAUCUUUAGAAUUUUCAGGACUUCUUGCAAAGAUUUCCUCAUUAGAAUUUCAAUUAAAAUCUUUGAAAAGAGAUUUACAAAUAUCCGAGUCGAAGAAUCGUGUUCUUGAAAGAGAGUACAGGAGAUGCAAGGAUGAGCUGCAGCAGAAGAGGAACGAGAUUCUGGAUGUGCAGUACGCCGAGUUCGACCCGGACUACGACUACGGCUACACACCACAGACAGUGGCCAAGUUGUCCUUGCUCAUCGCCAGAUUUCUGUUAAAGAAACCGUCGUAUGUGGACAGCAACAAAAUUUUUGCAGCUGUAAAACGGUCUUAUGAGCAAUAUGCUCGUUGCGGCACCCAGUAUGAACACGAUGUCCACAUGCUUGUUGCCACUGCUUUUGCAAGCAACUGGUUCGGCGAAAGUCAAAGAAUCAACUUCCACUGUUGGCUUCAGAGCAUCGCUAGAUAUCGACAAUACGCUCACUCUGAUAGGGACUCGUGUGAGCAUCGCAUUUAUCAAUGAAAAAGACAUGAAAUUUAUUGAAAAAGGACAGUUAUAUGAAAACACAUUUAAUUAAUUACUGGUAAAUAAGAUAUAUCUCGGUGACAGUGUUGCCAUCAUCGAUGAUAUAGCAGAUGAUUCAAAAUUGUAACGCAUGCGUAAACGUGGGACAUUUCUAUAAUGUAUUAACAAUUCUAAUUCUGGAGUGUAACGAUUUGCUGGCUGUGUUUUUGGUAGCCGUACCUCUUAUUGAAUAUUUUACUGUGACAGACAUUUUAAAUCCAUCUCUCACGAACGGAAUCGACACCCCUGUGUCGAAUUCCCGUCAAUUCAGUAAUCUGUCCUCAUUUUCGUAUCUUGCUUGAAUGGUUCUUGAAACCACACACAUUUGUGUGUAAUAAUCCCAAACAUGUGACUUUUAUCUUUCUGUAUUGAACUAGGGAAUUUCAAACUAGCUACAAGUAUUUGAUGAUAGGCUAAUAAAGUGCAAUUUGAAGUCCUUUAACUUUUGUAUUCUUAGUGAAGUGACUCGUUUCCUGCGAAUGGACAAUCAAAGAAUUUAAUUGUG